AGCUCGACAGUGGUGCUGCUGCUGAGCCUCGGCGGUGUGUAUGUGUGGAUGGUGGACCGUUAAAACACCGACACCCCCCCCCCCCACCGGCCCGCAUUAAAAUGCCUUAUCGCCGCGUGUAAACGGGCGAAACUUCGCGGGAGGGGAGAGAGUCAGGUCUCCGGGCAGGUUUAGAGGAACAUUCUGGCAGGAUGUUGCAAGUUUUAGCUUGUGGCGCCGUAGUUUUCCCCGGUCUCUUCUUCGCCUUAAGGAAAAUCCUGCCGUGUGUGUUCAAACACUGGAGCGAUGCCGACGUGGUGCUGGUCAGCGAGAGACUGGUGUCCUCCCUCCACGCCCUCAUUGCGACCACGGUAGGAGUCAUCGUUGCGUCAUCAUGCCGGGAGGACGUCAUCAACGACACGCACUGGCUGGCCAACUACUUUAUCGUCUGGUACGGUGUGCCCUACAUGACCUACGACAUCUUCGCCAUGUACCUCAGUCACUACCACCGCUUCCGCGUCAAAGGGCUCGAGGACUACAAGCAGCAUUCACUGAGGACCGUGAAAACCUUCGUCCGCAGAGACUUCCUGCUGGUGUUGCAUCACAUCGCCCUGCUCACGAUCCUGCUGCCUGUGACACUGUUCUCCAGAAAGGACCAGGGGGAUUUCUUCAUCGGCUGCUUGUUUCUGACGGAGCUUAGCACUCCCUUCGUCUCCCUGGGGAAGAUAUUUAUUCAGCUCAGCCUCCAGGAGUCCUGGCUGCACAAGGCCAACGGCGGCAUGGUGAUCCUCACCUUCUUCCUGUUCCGCAUCGCCCUGUUCCCCUACAUGUACUGGGUGUACGGCCGCCACUACGGCAUCCCGCUCUACAGCGUGCCCUUCCACCUGCCGCUGUCCACCAACCUGGGCAACAUUUGCAUCCUGGCGCCGCAGGUCUACUGGUUCGUCCUGCUGUGCCGAAAGGGCUUACGUCUUUACCGACGCAGCCGCAUGCCGGACUCGUCUCCAGCGGCCGCUGACAAUCCCAAGGCCGAUUGAUAUCGAUGUUCACCUUUUCGCCCGCUCAAGCCGCACACUCUCAGCUACUAACGCAACUACUUCUGCAAAAGGCACGAGUUUGACUCGACACAUUUCAACCCCCUCCAUUUGUACUGUACACCAGGACUGCCUGCUCUCGUCCCACAACUCCUGGGCAUUUUUUUCUUCUUCCUCCGCACACUUUAACUCCCUCUGUUACAAUCUCUGCUGCCGAAGUGGACCUCUCCACCGAAACAGCUCUGCUACUGAAGUUUGACGAUUUAGCUUCUUUUUUUGGGGGGUGGUAGGGGGGGAUAUGUUGGCUCCUGCCUGGAUCUCGUUGAAGUGCUCUCCGUCAACAUUUACAACGCUGAAGAAAGGUCGUUUUUUUUGCUUCACUGCGAGAGAAAAAAGAAAAACGUGGAGUAAAACGAGCAGCAGAAACUGGAGAAGAGCUUCCGUGGAAAGACAUUAUCUCCCCCCUCCCCCCCCCCCCUUACUCCUCCUGUGUUUACGGCCUCUGCGGACUUUGAAGGUCUGUUACAGUGUUUGUGUGAGCGGCCGCUGCUACGACAGGUUGUAUUUAUGGGGAUGAUUUUUUUUGCUGUCGAGUGUCGGACAGUCGCGUUUCCCCUUCCCGUCCGCCGACGAGAUGGAUUGGGAAUGGGGGGGGGGGCAAAUAUGGGCAGCAUUAGCAGGAAGAAAUAAAUGUCGCCUCAUUCACGUUCGAGAGCUUAAAAAAAAAAAGAUAACAGCUACAGUUUGUCGACACCCCAGUUAAUGUGACGUUUCACCUCUGUUCAUUUUGUUUGUAGCUUUCCCUUGGAGCAUGUUACAGUGGCAUCAUCGAUCCCACUCCCCCCCCCCCCCAAACUGACAUCACGUUUACUCCCGUGGCUCACUUAUUUUCCAGAAGCCGUCUCCUCUCAGCAGGGUGCGAGCUCUGUAUGCAUGGUGCAUCCCCCCCCCCCCCUCCCCCCUCCCCCUCUCCAGAUUCAAAGCUGACACUCAUGUUCUUGGGAAUACGUCCACUUCCGUUUUUAAGAGAGCUUUCAGGAAUUCGGUUCGGCAAUACCCUCCAGCGUCGGAGCUGGAGAAUGGUGGCACCAACAAGGAAUCGCCUCGGUCGUGGAAACCAUUCUUCAUUUUCCACAAGGUCAUUUUUCACGAUGUGCAUGGCGUUUAACAAGUCCGUGCUCGGUUUUUAAAUUUCCUUUUAAUUUUAGGUUGAUGCGAUUCAAAGUGCGGUCGAAGACCUCAAAUGAAUCACCUUGGAGAAGAGAAAAAUGAAUAAAAUAAAACCACCAGACUGCUCUCGAUGUCUAAAUAAACGAUGUAAAGCCAUGAUGGGGUAAGAUUAAAAAAUAUGAUGUAUUUGGACUAACACCCAAGUGCAAGGUUUUUAAUUUCUGCAAGGUUUAUAUAUCAUUUGCAUGCAUGAGUUAUAUAUAUAUAUAUUUUUUAGCCGCUUUCAAAGAGUAGAGUGUUAGUUGGAUUGUUUCGCGAGCAAGAGAUUCAUCUUCUGAAUCCAAGAGCUCCAUCCGACUGCGGGGCGUUUUUGCUGCUGCCAUAGCAACGCUGCAAUGCUGCAGUGCUGCAAUGCUGGCAGCCGGAGCUGAUGCAGCGCGGGGAGACGCAGUGUUCGAGGAUGGCUCGUGGUCAAAUGUGAAGGCUGUUGGCAGAUGCUGUUUUCUCCUGUGAAAAGAAAUUGAAAAUAAAUCUCAAGUCUGCUCGUCACAGAGGGGAGGCGGGAGGGAGGGGAUGCCGAAUGUGGGACGAACUCAGGGCCACGGUCAGCAAUAAGGUGAGCGGAGGCUCGCCGGGGCAUUCUUAAAACGGAGGGUUCGAGUUUAUGUGAAGGACAUCAGGAGUGAUUCUUCCUGGAAGCAACCGUUUAGUUUCCUGGAGGCUCCACAGAUUUAUUAUAUGCACUUGUGUACUUCACACAGGGCUGUACAUACCGAAUGUUUUAGAGCUCUGAAUCAUGUUUGAGUUUUUACACACAAAUCUAAAAUGAUUUUAAAACAAACUUGUAUCUCAACAUGGUAAUUAGACCUUAAAGGACUUUUUUUGCCUUUAUUCGAGAAAAUCACAUGUCACUUUCAAACUUUAAGCAUAUUGUUUUCUUCAUAUCAAAGAAUACAAAGAUAUUUUUUAUUAUUAUUUAAGAAUGCAGCGGCGUUUGUUUCAUGCAAAGUCUAAACCCGGAGGUUAAUCCAACUCUAAUAUUCUUGGUCAUUCAAGCUUUAUAGUGAAGUAACUGAUUUAAGGAUGGGGUUAUGGCCUUUUUUAUGUCCUGCAAAUUCAAUCUAUGCAAAAAGGCUGCGGUGCAUGUGUGCAACACUAAUAUCGAGUAACUUCGGAUUGAUCCACGCCUCGUUAUUCCUCUGGGACCAUUCCAUUUAAUGUUGCUGUACAUUUCUACUGGGACUACACUACAAAUCAUGGUCUCACGUUCACUUUUUGGGGGGUUUUGUUUGCUUGUCUUUACAAAUUGACCUCAGUAGUGUUCUUAAUCAUAUAAAUUAAUGUGAUGCUGAAAAAAAAUAAGUAUAUUAAUCAUAAGUAACAACCAUUUUGUAGCAUACACCAACAAGUUUACAACUGCAGCUCAGUUGAACUCAUUGGCUGAAUGUUCUUGUUUGGAUACUGACUUGAUAGGUCUUUCUCUCUUUCUCUCUCUCUCCCGAAAAAAAAGUUUGCAUGCAACUAAUAAGAAAAUCGUUUGAAACUGGAACCGACACGGCUAACGGGCGCCACGGGUUUUUUCGCCCCUUUCCCUUGACUGUAAGGCAGGCAGUUCCAUUUGUGAAGAGGCCGCAAACAGCGUUACCUUUCACCCGGGGCUUCUCUAUCAUCUGGGUUUUUUUCGAUUUCCAAAAAUUGUUUACGUCACCUUAGAGGAAGUGACGUGGGUAAACAAUCGUUGUCACGAACGUCAUGUAAAAGAAAGAAAAAAAUCGAUAUCUAUAUGUUGGGCCUCUUUGCGUUCAAAGCACCGUUGCUGUAAAGUGUGGGAUCGUCGUGAAUGCUGAAGCGCAGCGUGACACCGGCACGGGUGGAGAGAGAGAGAGAGAGAGAGAGAGAGGACGCACAACUGACUCGGUCAUGUCAGUCACGCGACAAUGUCGAUGGGACGUGUUGUCAUCGGUAGCGGCGACCACCACGAGCCACUGGUCCCACCACACGGCUGGGGAUGUGCAGAAAUGAGCCAGGGUGAGGUUUUAUUGCUGAGGAAUUCAACUUUUCUAUUUGUUCUCUUUUUCAUAAGUUAGUUUCAAGGAAAAUAACAAUUGUCUAGUUUACAAAGAGCUAAUUUUAGCAAGACUUUUUUCUUUUCGAAGAACCAAUUGGAAGGGAGCUGUGGAGUGAUGGACAUGUUCAGCUGGUCUGGGCCCGAGCCCGGCGGAGCGCGGGCCUCCUCCAAUGCUGACCAGCCCACUUCUUACUGGAAGACAUCCCAGGUUCUUUAUGCUGCUUUCCCACCCUCCUGUUGACCCUCCUCCUCCUCCUCCUCUUCCUCCUACUCUCUGCCGCCAUCUGUCGUCAGGAUCAUCUGCUUGUCCACUCAGCAGUUUACAGGCAGGGCCAGUUUGGUUUAGUGGGCCGAAGCGUUUGUUUCCUAUUAAAUAAUGUGCAUGUCUCUUCUGUCGUCGGCGACAUACAUCCUCACCGUCACGCCAUGGCCUCACUGACCUCUAAAUACACAAGUCAACCUGGCCCACGGCGAUGCUUUAAUGCUUUAGUAAAGGCUGGCGUUCGGGAGAGUUUCAUUCUUGUUUUUACCUCGGGUGGAAAAGCCAUUGAGACGGCUUUCGUCCCAACGUGACGAAACUAUUUGAGGUGUCAUCGCAGCUCUUUGAAAAGCUAAACGCAGGUUGUGUCACUUUGUGUUUUGAUUUGUUUGCUAGAGUCAAUGUUUGGGAAAGGUCUCUAAACCUCUCGACGUUGCCCAGGACAUUUGACAGCUCGUGGAAAUCUUCAAAUUUGACGGACUGUUACGUCUGUCCAAUUUAACAGAGAUUUAUGGGAACUGUUAAAUAGACAAAUGGAGGUUAAAUUUGAGGUCAUUAACAUUUUAACAGCAGUCUAUUGAAGCUAAACUCUGAAAUCAUGGAAUAAGUAUAGACAAUAUAUCAUCCAACUUUUUUUUGUUUGUUCACAAUUUCCUAAAUUUGGUCGUCAAAAUGUCCCUUUCUUUGUUUUAUGUUCGUUUUUGAAGCAGUUCUUUAUUUUCAUUGUGUCCCCCAUGGCAAUUAAAGCGACAUCAUAUAUUUUGUAAGUGACUGUCCAAAAUUCACCUGUAAUUUCUAUACUUGCAGAAAUAUUACCCAUAUCAUUUUAUGACACUGCCUUGCCGAUACCUGAUAUUUGAUAAUAAUAAAAAACAACAACAUCUGA